AUGUCUCAAGACGAAAAUAAACUUCAGGCAUCUGAAUCUACAAAUGUAAUAGAGGAUUCAAAAGUUAAAGAUACACCUCAAUUAUCCCCCGAACCUGCAAAUGCCGUAGAAAAAGAGCAUGCAAAUGUGGUAGAAACAGUGAUCGCAAAUGCUGCAGAAAAAGAUCAUAAACCUCAGCUAUCUUCCGAAAAUAAUGUAGCAGUAGAGAUCUCUGAAACUAAUUAUGAUCAUAGAACACAAUACACCAUGAAUAAAACUCAAAUUUUCCUAGUUUUUAUUGGUCUCUCACUAGCUAUAUUUUUAGCGUCUUUGGAUCAAACUAUAAUUGCCACUGCUUUACCGGCUAUCGCAUUAGAAUUCAAAGCCCUCGAUCAAAUUUCAUGGGUCGGAACGGCUUAUUUACUUACUGCGAAACCUGUCUUCCUCUCAGCAAUAUUUUUAUUCGAACUUGGAUCCCUUUUAUGUGGUCUAUCCGUUAAUAUGCACGUGCUGUUGCAGGUUGGGGGUGGUCUCAUAGGUGAAAUAGUUCCAAUCAAAGACCGUGGAAAAUACCAAGGAAUGAUGGGUGGUUGUUUUGGUGUCGCAUCUGUUGUGGGUCCACUAUUGGGCGGUGCUUUUACUGACAAGGUUACAUGGAGGUGGUCAUUUUAUAUUAAUCUUCCUCUAGGUGUCAUCACCUUUAUCUCUGUUGUCUUUCUAUUGCAUCUUCCAAGUCCUACCAGCUCCAUUUGGUCAAAACUUGCGCGCAUUGAUUGGUGGGGUGUAAUAACUCUAAUUUCUGCUACCAUUCUCUUAUUAUUACCACUUAAUUGGGGUGGUUCAAAAUAUGCUACCACUUCAGGUUUAGAACUUCUCCCUCUCAUCUUGAGUAUAGUUAUUAUGGCUAUACUUUCAGGCCAACUAGUUUCAAGAACUGUCUUCUUUUCUUACGGUGCAAUUUGUGUUUUUGGAAGUAUUUUAAUGAUUGUAGGAUCUGGAUUAGUUAUUACAUUUUCAGAAUAUUCAAAUAGAGGUCAAAUAGCUGGUUACUUAUUAAUUGCCGGUUUUGGUAUUGGUUUAAUCCUACAAAUGACUGUAUUAGCUGGACAAGGAAUUGCAGAACCUAAGGAUCUUGCUGUAGUUACUUCAUUGUUAGCAUUUUUCAGAACCAUGGGCGCAGUUUUUGGUGUAGCUAUCCUAGGCACAGUUUUUAAUAAUGUGUAUAAUUCAAAUUUACCCCCAAAUCAAGGGUCUCUACAAGGAUUUGAUCCAUCUGCAACUGGCCAAGCUUCCCCAUCUGUAAUUCAUGAUUUUGUAAUAGCUUUAGAUUCUGCAUUUAAAAUAACAAACAAGAUGAGAGCUUACUAUCUCUAG